CGCGCGGCGGGGCCGGGCCGCCAUGGCCGCCGCGGGGGAGCUGGCGCGGCCGCGGGCGCUGUUCCUGGCCGGGCUGGCCGCCGUCUACAUCGCCGCCUUCGGCUCCCUCUACGUGCAGAUCCCCGGGCUGUACGGGCGCCAGGGGCUGCUGCCGGCGCGGCGGGUGCUGCGGCCGGCCGGGAAGGGGCUGUGGGAGCAGCUGCGCGAUGUCCCCACGCUGCUGUGGCUGGGCCCGCGCCUGGGGCUGGACACGGAGCAGGGCAUGGAGCUGCUGUGCCUGCUGGGAAUGCUGGCGGCGCUGGGCGCGCUGCUCUGCGACCGCCUGCGCGACUGCCUGCUGUUCGCCCUGCUCCGGGCGUGCUACCUGUCGCUGUACCAGGUGGGACAGGUGUUCCUGUACUUCCAGUGUGGGGUGGGGGGCACCGGGGGUGAGGGGUGUGCCUUUGGGGGGCUCACAGCCCUGACGUACCACUACGAGAGCCAGUGCAUCCCCACGCCGGGCGCGUGGCUGGCACACCAGCUGCCCGUGUGGCUGCAGAAGCUCAGCGUGGUGGCCACCUACGUCAUCGAGGUGGCCGUGCCCGCGCUCUUCUUCGCGCCCCUGCGCCGCCUGCGCCUCUUCGCCUUCUACUGCCAGGUGCUGCUGCAGGUCCUCAUCAUCCUCACGGGCAACUACAACUUCUUCAACGCGCUGACCAUCGUGCUGGCCUUCUCCCUGCUGGACGAGCAGCACGUGGGGCGCUGGCUGGGCCGGCCCCGCCGGAGGCACGGCGCUGGCUGGCCCCCCAGGCUGGGCUCGGUGCUGGGCACGCUGCUGGAGCUGGGCACCUACGCGCUGCUGCUCUGCUGGACCGUGCGCUGCUUCGGCCUGCGGCUCGACUGGGACAGGAGGCUGCUGGACUCCAGAGUGGCCUUCACCUACCACGAGUUCACCACGUGGCUGCGCACGGUGACGCUGCCGCUCGUGGGGGUGGCCUUCCUGUCCCUGUCCUGGGAGAUCCUCGUGGCCAUGUACCGCUGUGCCUGUGUCCGGGGAUGCUUCUGGAAGCUCUGGGCCACCCUGCAGUGGGCCGUCAUGGCCACGGCCACCGUGAGCCUGUUCGCCGUGAGCCUGGUGCCCUUCACCUACAUCGAGCACGAGUCCAACGGGAAGCUGUGGCCCGGGAUCCACCAGAUGUUCGGGGCCGUGGAGCGCUUCCAGGUGGUCAAUUCCUACGGGCUCUUCCGCAGGAUGACCGGCGUGGGCGGCCGGCCGGAGGUCAUCCUGGAGGGCAGCUACGACGGGCACAGCUGGACGGAGAUCGAGUUCAUGUACAAGCCCGGGAACGUGAGCGCGGCCCCGGCCGUGGUGGCCCCGCACCAGCCCCGCCUGGACUGGCAGCUCUGGUUCGCCGCCCUCGGGCCCCACCAGGGCAGCCCCUGGUUCAGCGCCCUGGUGCUGCGCCUGCUGCAGGGACAGCCCGACGUGAUCCGCCUGGUGCAGACUGACGCCUCCCGGUACCCGUUCCACGCCCGCCCGCCCACCUUCCUGCGGGCCCAGCUCUACAAGUACUGGUUCACGGCCCCCGGCGAGGGCGGCCCGGGCCCGGCUCCGUGGUGGCGGCGGCAGCACGUGCAGGAGUUCUUCCCGGCCGUGUCCCUGGGAGACCCCCGGCUGGAGUCCCUGCUCAGCCAGCACGGCCUCAAGGUGGGCACGGGGUGACCCCUCCCUGGGCCCUGAGACCCUCCCUGGCUCCUGACCCCCCCCCCCCGGCUGCGCCGCCUGUGCCAGCCCGUCUCGGGCCCGGCCCUGCUCUGGUCCCUCUACCUGGUGGCCGCCACCGCGGGGCUGCUGCCAGCCCUGGCCCGGCGGGCCUGGGGGGCACAAGCCCCCGCCCGCCACAAGGGACCCCGGGAGCGCAACGGGGCGCGGGGCACCGAGGGGACGCGGGGCACAGACGGGACACGGCCCGAGGGCCGGCACGCCAACAAGAGGAAGAAGUAGCCCCCGCAGCCCCCCCAAAAACGGGGGGCAGGGAGUCCCCGGGUGGACCCCAGCCCGGGGGGGCGGUGUGCCAGUGCCUUCAGCACGGUGUGGGGACACACACAGCGCUUGGGGACACUUCCCCCUGCCUUGGGACACCUUGGGGACACCUCCAGGCACUGCUGGGGACCUGUCCCUGCCAGCUGGGGACCCUCCCUGGGGUUAUGGGGCUGCUUGGGGACAUGGCCCUGUGUCUGGGGACGCUGCCCCAAUGCCCAGGGACCCCUUGGGCACCCAGCCCCAGUGUCAGGGGACCCCUCCCCAGUGCCCAGGGACCCCUGGGGGACCCCCCAGCGUGGGGGCUCAGCACAGGUCAGGGGCUCAGAGCGGGUGGGGGCUCUGUGCCCGCGGGCUGGAGCAGUUUGGGCAGUGCCAGCCCUCCGGUCACCCUGCCCAGCCCCUCAGGUCACUUUGGGGUCCCCCCUGGCACUUCGGGGUGCCCCCUCCCCGCGGGCUCUGCCCAUCCCGUGGUUCCCCCUGCCCGGCUCGGCCCGAGCCCAGAGGUUUGCUAUAAUUUUCUAAUUAAAGCCUUUGACAUUCCAGCCCCGCCGCUCUCCUGGAUUGGGGGUCUGGCACGGGGGUGCA